UUUCCUUGCUUCCAGUCCGGUUCUCUUGUAGAUAACAGCCGGCCUGAAGCUUUGACUCUUGCCAGACCGAGAAGCAGCAAAUGGAGGGAAGACGUUCUUCUGAUGAAGGAGAAGAGAGAGGAAGUUUAGGAUUUACAGACAUAUGGAUGAGAGAGAAACACCAUCUUCUCUAUUCGAAAGCCACCCAUCAUCCAUUCAUACUCAGCAUCAGCAAUGGAACUCUCCAUAUCUCUUCUUUCAAACGAUGGCUUGGACAGGACUACUUAUUUGUACGGCAGUUCAUUCCUUUUGUGGCUAGUAUUUUAAUAAAAUCUUGGAAGGAAGCAGUAGACAAUUCCGACAUGGAUCUCAUAUUGAGUGGCUUGGCAUCCCUUAAUGAUGAGAUAUCAUGGUUCAAGAAAGAAGCUUCCAAGUGGGAUAUUGUGCUAUCUGAUAUCAUUCCUCAGGAAUCAAAUCAAGAUUAUAGCAGGUUCCUCGAAAGCUUGACCAACUCUGAGAUAGAUUAUCCAGUGGUCUUAACUGCAUUAUGGGCCAUUGAAGUGGUGUACCAAGAGAGCUUCUCUCUCUGCCUUAAAGAUGAUUCAAAAACUCCACCAGAACUACUUGAAGCUUGUCACAGAUGGGGGAAUGAAGAAUUCAAACAGUAUUGUUGCUUGCUCCAGAGAACUACAGAUAGGUACCUUGAGAAGGCUCCAAUAAAUGUUGUAGCGAAAGCCGAAGAAGUGUUUGUACGCGUUCUUGAGAAUGAAGUCAAAUUUUGGAACAUGAGUUAUGGUGAACAACAAACAUGAGAUCCAAGAUAGUGAGUUUCAUAGCAUAUGUCACAGAACAUUUUACCAUGUUGACCUCAGCGAGGUUUUCUUUUACCCUGGUGGUGUCGAACCCAGAACUUUUAGCUCAUGAUUGGAUUCUGUUUGCAAGUAUCUUAAUGGAUAUGGGUGAUUGGUCUUGCUCACUUAUACUGAAUCAUAUUGUUACCUUUUGUUUCUUUAUGAUCAAUAGUUAAUGGCUUUGAUAAUUUUU